AUGUCCCUCACCAGCGUCAUCGACCCGGAUAAUGCCCCCAAUUAUGAGGACAUGGAGAAGCAGUUCGCCGUGAGGGCAGUGCAGCAAAUGACUGUCUAUUGGGGGAUACUCGAAAAGUUGCCUGGCUCAAAACUUCGCCUGACCCGGCUUGACGACGAAAUCUUAGAGCACUUUAAGCGUGAAUUUCCAGACUUCGACCCUGCUCAAGAGAUUGAUGAGGAUGCCAUGAAGAGCAAAGAGGGCAAAGAGAAGUGGCGCAAUUUCGCCAAGGAGUACGAAAAAGGCGAGAAGAAAAUUGAAGACUACAACUUCGGCACCAUGUUGAGGAAGAGCCCCAAGACCGAGUACGGCGAAAAGGAAACGAUUUUCGUAAUUCGGGUACAAUUCUACGCGAUCGAGAUAGCUAGGAACAGGGCUGGGCUGAACGACUGGAUUUAUGAAAACGCUCAGAAGCAGGAGAAGAAAUCAUAG